CCGACAGUUCUUGUUAUGGUUAUAUUAUCCAUAUCGGCAGGUUUAAAUCCCCUACAGUAUUCUUGCAACGAUACAAGGAGAGCUGGAAGUUUUGACUUAUACUAUACCUGCGAGUGUCCUGGAUCUUGGGAAGGACCAUAUUGUGAACAAGAUGUUGAUGAGUGUGCGAGAGGUUUUUGUGAAGCUUGGAAGGUCUGUGAUAAUAAGAUAGGAGGUUAUGAUUGCUACUGUAAAGCCACGGACAUUAUUUGUAAAUUGUCACUGGAAGUGUGGGAAUUCUCAGUCAUCGUAACAGCUGUCGUUCUUGUCCUUGUUGUUGUUUUAGCUGUGUUUAUUGUGCGGAAAUUCAAGUCAAAGAAGAACAAGAUGAAAAAGGGACACUUCGACAAAGAGAAUUCCAGAUCAAGCAUGUCUUUGACUGCCUUAAUGAAAAAUGCACGGACUCUUGGUCCAGGCCGGCCCCAUUUAGGGAAGGUUGCGCCAUUACCUGUGGACAAUGAGGAAGACAAUAGUGAAACAGACACCUCUGCCCCUCCACUACUCCCGAUAUCUACAUUCCUUACAAGCUUCUUUCGUGCUGAUGUACAUAAAGCCGACACCAAUUCUGAAGACGAUGGGUUUGUACAUCCAGCACCAAAAUUUGAUCGUACUCAACUUGUAGCUGAAUUUAAACAGAGAAAGGAGGAACUAGAGGCAAUGGAUGACAUACAAGAGGACGACAUGCACGACCAUCCACCGCCCGAGCUGAGCCAGUCACAUUUGGUUACAAAGUAUCGCAAAAAUGCCGUCGCACCCUUGAAUAAUGACAAACGGAGAGUCCGUUCCGAGUUCAAGCUUUUCUCAGCAGUGAGCAACCUGGAAAGACUGGAUAACAGUAGUAAUAACAUGGAAAAGCUAAUGGAUGCAUGUGACGAUGAAGUGAAUUCGCCGGAGGAUACGCAUAGAGAUGUUAGAAAUCUGGAAGAUACUAGUAACAUCAAUCUAAAUUUGCUUGUGGAUUCUCUUGAUGGGAAUGUGCAGGAAGAAAACUGACAUAAUAUUUAAACAAAGACUAAACAUUCUGUGAAAAAUAUAUUCCAAUCAAUAACAUCCACAAGAAGGAGUGUAUUUAAUUAAAUUUGUUUACUUAUAUAUACUAGGUCUACAGCAGUUAUAGUUAUAAACAUAUAAUGUUACUAUUAAUUAUGCUGAAAUGACAUUUUGCUUUUUAACUUAUAACUUUUAUCGUUUUUUAUACUCUCUCUCUCUCUCUCUCUCUCUCUCUCUCUCCCUCUCUCUCUCUCUCUCUCUGUGUUUCUUAGAUAUCAGAACAAUAUUAUUAUGUGUAUGAACAUUUAUGCUUUCUUUGUUGUAAAAGUUUGAAAAGGUAAUUAGACAAAUAAGAUGAUAUAGUUUUAAAUUGCAUGCAAAAAUGUUUGCUAAAUCUCUAAUUGAAUGCGUUGUAAACUUUUAUAUCGGACAUUUAGGUUUUCGUAUUAUACUAUCGCUUUUAAUUGUGCUGCUUAAACAUUAAUUUUAAGUAUGGUUGCUUAUUUCUCCCAUGAGAUAGCUAGGUAGCUAUUGCGAUAGUUCGAUAAUUAAAAGAAUUAUCGUGAUAAAGCGGAGAUUUCUAAAAAGAUUAUCUCAAUAGCAAAUAUUAUUGCGAAAAUUUACAUUAUUAUUUCGUUCCCUUUUGCGCGAGUGAAGUACCAACAACUGCCAUUUAUUAGCUAGGAAAAGAAAUUAUGAUAGUUCGAACUUUCCUGAAAUGUUUCCUGGAAAUAUUUUUGAAAAUAUUAUCUCGAUAUUUUUUUUUCUAUUUAGUGCCGAUAGCCGCCAUUUUGAUAUCUAUAAAUAGUACCCUACUGAAUCGAUUGAACACUGUUGAAACCGUAUUAUUUAACACUGAACUUACCACCACCUGCAGUAUAUACUGUAGACUGCAAACCUCAAAGUAUGGCACCAAUAACUGAUUGAUAUCAUCGUGUACUAUUUAUAUAGCUAAUCUAGCAGCUGUGACGUUGCAGUAACGGAAUUCUGGGCUUAAAUGAAAACAAUAAUAAUAUUAGGAAAAAUAAAUAACUGCUAUAAUAUUUUCAGAAAAUUGCACAAAUUUCCAGGAAGGUUUAGAAUAUUAUCGUGAUAGCUACCAAGUAUAUCGUCCAAUUUCGAGCAUUAACGUGAAAUUUUGCGCUAAAAUAUUUUCACAGAAUAUUAUUUGAUACGGAUUAUUUUCCAGAAAGAAAAACACACAGACACAUAUCAUAUUUUGCUUCAAGCUCUUUGAACAAAUCCUUAACAUAUCUGUUAAUAGAAACACUACAAACGAAAGGAAAUACAGCGACCACUUUAUAGGUUGGUCACUGAUCAUAUGAUUUUAUUAUACUUUUCGUGUGAUGUUGUUUUUGUCUUGAAAUUGAUGUUUGUAAUAUUUAACCUUUCCCCUUUACUUUUGAUCUUUCUAUUUGCUUUUGAAAAAUAAACAGA